AAGGCUAAGUACAAGUCACAUGAUAUGGGCGUCAGUCAUCUGUUGUGCACCUGCUCAAUGUUUAGAGUCAACAAAGUUUAAGACAUUAACCUGUUAAUGGACUACAGCUACAAUUGCAAUCGAAAUAUGUUUAUGAAGUUGUUUAUAGUCGACUGGAAAUAAAUUAAGUGGAUCUGAGACAGAGUUCAUCUGGACUUCGACCUGCUUUGAGUAGCCUACCUGACACAACGAGGAAGUGCGGACAGUCGCAUCAGUACGGGAAGCCAUUUCACCUAUGGCUAUUGGCAACCUCACUUAUUCCGAAUGCAGUUUACAACCUAGUGUGUGGUUUUCUUGGCUAUAGGCCUACUGCUCACUAAAUAUUUCGGGGUAAUGCAUUUGUUUCUUUUCUCGCGUUCACCCUCCAGUUUGCGAUUAUUUAAAAAACAUUUCUUAGUUUAACGCAGAAAACUGCCGUUCGAAGUGGGCAAUCUAAUCGCGAACAACGAGGUUGUCGUCAGUACAUAAAGAUGAACAUGUCUUCUGAGGUGAUGAACACUACACUGCUGGAUUCAGUCAACAACACAGAGGCACUUUUACGUUCUUCAUCAAUUGUGCCAGACAUGAACGAUAAGUCUAACAUGACAUUGAUCACAUCCGAGAAUGGUACAAUCAUUCAGCAUGAGAUCUUCUUGAACACUACCGCUGCUCAAGCACUUUCUGGGAUUUUUGUGUGGUCAGCACUGCUCAUCACUUGUCAUCAGAUCUACUCCCACCUGAGAUCAUACACCAGGCCUAACGAGCAGCGCUACAUCAUCCGCAUCCUCUUCAUCGUGCCCAUCUACGCCUUUGACUCGUGGCUCAGCCUCCUCUUCAUCAGCAACGACCAGUACUACGUUUACUUUGACUCCGUUCGGGACUGUUACGAAGCGUUUGUCAUUUACAACUUCUUGACCCUGUCCUUUGAGUACCUGGGAGGAGAGAGUGCCAUCAUGGCGGAGAUCCGAGGGAAGUUCAUUCAGUCUAGCUGCAUGUACGGCACCUGCUGUUUGUCGGGAAUUACUUAUUCCAUUGGCUUUCUCCGGUUCUGCAAACAGGCCACCCUUCAGUUCUGUGUGGUGAAACCAAUCAUGGCCGUCAUCACCAUCCUCUUACAAGCCUUCGGCAAGUACCACGACGGAGACUUUAAUGUGAAUGGAGGGUAUCUCUACAUCACCAUCAUCUACAACUUCUCUGUCAGCCUGUCGCUGUACGCGCUCUUCCUCUUCUUCUUCGCCACCAGCGACCUGCUGCGGCCCUACGAACCCGUGCUCAAGUUCCUGACCAUUAAAUCCGUCAUCUUCCUCUCCUUCUGGCAAGGCAUGGUCCUGGCCAUCCUGGAGCGGUGUGGCGUCAUCCCACACGCGCUGAUGAUCGACGGGCAUGAGGUCGGGGCGGGCACCGUGGCGGCCGGCUGGCAGAACUUCAUCACCUGCAUCGAGAUGUUCUUCGCUGCCAUCGCCCUCCGCUACGCCUUCACCGACAGCGUCUACCAGAAGAAGCUCAACGAUGCCCCAGACAACGUGGCCCCGAUGCACAGCAUCUCCAGUGGACUGAAGGAGACUAUGAACCCCGGGGACAUGGUCCAGGACGCCAUCCACAACUUCUCCCCGGCCUACCAGCAGUACACCCAGCAGUCCACUCAGGAGGUGGUCCAGCCCAGCCAGAACGGCAAAGCCGGGGCCGGCAGCACCAAGACCUCCAAGAAGGCAGACAAAAUCAUGCUGAUCGCCUCCGACGACGAGUUCUAAUGAGCCGUCGCCCCCGGCGCUCGCAUCUCUGCUGGAGCCUCCUUUUCUACUCUGACCCACGAGCCAGGGCAAGAAGAGGGGCCUUCUCCUCAGACUCUUUAUAAUGGAGCCCCUCCACCCCCCCACCCCCCCCCCUCCCAAGCCUUUGCUGCAUUUGUUUUUAAUACUGACUGUACACACAGGGCCACUGAGAUUACUUCCUUUCAUGAUAAAAUAGAGAUUCUAAACAUAUUUGCACAAGAAUGAGACACUUUGGAGUUUUUUUGUUUUGUGUUUGGUUUUUUUUUCGUGCCGGGUUGACAGUCACCCCCGGUACCCUUGCGACGUGGAAAUGUGCUGAUCGUCCUCCCCAGACAGCGGCGGGGAGCACGGAAUCAGAGAGGCGUGACACAAAACAAAGCACUGCACGCUGCUUUAUCGCCUUCCCACCACCUCUCCCCAUCCAUCCCUCUGUCUGCCCAUCCCUCCACCUCUCCACCGCACUUGGCGUUGGCGGAGUGCGCGGGCAAUGGAUUGUGCACUCCGCUGCCUGAUGGCCCAUCUGUUUGUGCGCACACGCCGGAUGAUAAAUGCGUGGCAUCAGGAGCGGCGAGAUGCGGUUAGCAAACAGCGGGCACACGGCGGCGGCAGGCAGGGGCCUGUCGGCUGGAACUGGCACCGCCGAGUUCCAAGCGUCAGGCUCCUCGAGUCUGGCUGCCCGGUUUGAAGUGGCCGCUCAUAACCCCUUUACCGCUGGCUCCCCCGGCGAUCUCUCAGACACACGCUGGCUUUGGAAGGAGCCUCUUCAAAAUGUUGACUGGGGCCCCUUCUGAAAACCCUUUGUACUGUUAAGCGCGGCUCAAAGCGGCUGAGAGAUAAGCACUGACUCUGGAUGAGGGGGUGAGAGAACAGGGGAAUCUCUGCCACUCUCAUUAAAUUUCCCAGCAUGCAUUCAUGUGUAUCCAAAUCAGCACACUCUCUCAGAACUGUGUGUUUUUUUUAAGGGGGAUGUAUAAUAUGUGUCAUUUAGGAUGAUUAUGCGGGUGGCUUUCGGUGUGUUCAAUGAACCAUUGUGUUGUGUGUGUGUGUGUGUGUGUGUGUGUGUAUAUGUAUAUAUAUAUAUAUAUAUAUAUAUAUAUAUAUAUAUAUUCCUGACGUCUCAGUAAGAUAUUUUAUGCCGUGUGUGAUAAUUUAAUAAGUAAAAUUAGUGAAUUAAUUUUAAUUUAUGGAUUUGUUUGUGCUGCACAAGUAUGUAUGUAUGUAGUGCAUAGUUAAGCAACAAGAUUUUUUCUGUUUGGAAACACAGAGCAUGUUGUUCUUUCUGAUUCGGUAGCUUGUGUUAAUGUAAGCAGUUAUAAUAAGCCAUAUGUAUCAUUGUUCAUUAUUAAUUAAAUACCAUAGUGUUUCUGGCCCAGCCAGCGGUUUUUAACCAUCUUGGAUAUGGAAAUUGUUCUAUGAACGUGUUAUUAAUGUAGUCAUAGAUUUGUCCUGACAUCAGGGAAAAGGUUUUCAUCCAAUUUGACCACAUGGAAGAAUCUUUGCAACAAUAUGCAGUCUAUUUCUCUUUAUUUUCUGUAGAUAAACUGUGCCAAUAUUUCUGCCUUAUAGACGAGGUUAAAUGUCAUGAAAUAUGGAAUAAACUGAUGAUCUGAGUA